AUGCAAUUGGAGGGUGCAUUUCUUGCGAUUCUUGCUGGUCUUUCAUUUACUAAAGUCUGGGGUAAGUCUAUUCCCGAAAGUACAAAUAGUAUCAAAGGACGGGUAAAAAAGCAGAUAGGAUUUGAAAACUAUGGAGGAAUUCAUAUUAUAAGUCCUUUUGAGACUUGCGAAGGAUUGGACUAUGGAGUUCACAGCUUCGGGUGCAGUCCAAACUACGUUAUCAGUCUCCCGGACAAUUGUAUCAAUGCCAUUUGUCCCAUUGGUUUAGUUUUUGAUGGUCAAACGCAUCAGUGUGCUCCAAUGAUACAAGUGAUCGAAUGCGAGGAAGAACCGUUCCCUCCAACUCCUCUUCCAACCGCAAGCCCCACCGAAAAACUUCCAGUGGUUAAGGCAGUUUCUGAGCAUCCAAGGACUGCCCCUAUGCUGCUUCAAAAUCCUUUGAAAGGAGGUAGGAAUGCAAAUGUGGGCGGAGCGCGGACGGAGUCUACAGUACGGGAUGUUCUAGAUUCUUUUGCUCUUGUAGAUCCGGGAAGGCCAUCCAACUUCAAUGCCCGAAGCCUUCUGCAGCCAACAACGGCAACUAAGCCCCCGGAUGUUAUAGAUUAUACAAAAAGGAUGGCCACCCGACGCACUACCACUAGUACUGCCACAACUACCACCACAACAAUGCCAACUACUACGGCAGCACCUUAUACAGACAAACCGCAAACAUCAGUUGUCCACACCAGUACUAUUACAAUACAAUAUUCCAAAGAUGUACUCCAAAUGUUAGCUGUCCGAAUUGUUGAAGAAGGCUUCGUGACUCCGGUUACUCAGUUAGCCACGAGCAGUUGCCUGACUAAAACUGCUUGGGUCCUAUAA